AUGUUGACAUUAGCCUUACAAUUAUCCGGCCCCUGGAUUGCUACGCUGUCGACGGCGCAGCAGCAGAAAGCCACAACGCUCACAGAGCCCUUGGUGGAGGUGCAUCUCCAGCAGGGCGUGAUCGCUGGGGCCCAGUCAGAGGCGGGAAACAGGAGGGUCUUCUAUAGCUUCAAGACCAUUCCCUUCGCCGAGCCUCCUGUUGGGGACCUAAGGUUUAGGGACCCUGUUCCUGCAGGGCCAUGGGCAGGAAUAAGAAAUGGAUCCAUCGCCACACCGAAAUGCCCACAGUUGGGCGAUUCUGUUGUUGAGGGGGAGGAAGACUGUCUCUAUCUCUCCGUAUACACGCCUCGACCUUACGCGUCGGACUUGCCUGUCAUGGUAUGGAUUCACGGCGGAAGAUUCACGCAAGGUCAUGGCGAGGUUUUCGGGCCCCUUCCUCUCCUCACGAAGGAUGUGGUCCUCGUGGUCCUACAGUACCGCCUGGCCACGCUGGGAUUCUUAUCGACUGAGGACAGUGAGCUGCCUGGCAACCUAGGACUCAAGGACCAAACGAUGGCUCUCCUGUGGGUGCAAGACAACAUCCGUGACCUCGGCGGAGACCCGGGCAAGGUCACCCUCUUCGGGGAAAGUGCCGGUGCAGCGGCAGUGCAUUUUCACGUCUUGUCUCCCAUGUCUUUAGGACUGUUCCGCCGAGCUAUCCUGCAGUCGGGAACGGCGCUGUGUCCCUGGGCAUUAAGGGAAGACCACAAGCAAAUAGCUACUAAGGUUGGUCAGCUGUUCAACUGUUCAGGUGCGGAUGGUCAGCAGUCACUGAACGGUUCAGCACUUGUCGCCUGCCUGAGGAACGUUCCUUACCAGGAAUUAGUGUCUGUUCAGAAGGAUGUCGUACAUCGCGCCAGCUCUGAAGUCAUGAAGCCACGUGUCGACGGCCAAUUUUUACCAGACUUCCCCUCCAUUAUGCUCCGAAGAGGCUGGUACAACAAAGUGGACAUUAUUUCAGGCAUUACGAAGGACGAGGCCGUUCUGGCAAGCUUGGUUUUCACCUUGGACAAAGCCACGGCAGACGAUCUGGUUCAGAACUUUUCUGUCAGUGGUCCGCUUUCCCUGAUAUUCGAGGCUUGGGAAGAUGACCCUGAAUACUUGGCACGUCGAGCCUUCCACCACUACCUUGGGCCCAUUGAACUGACGGAGGAAAAGCGUGAUAGUAUUGUCAGGCUCUACAGUGAUAGAAUGUUCGACAUGGGUCACAUGGACGCGGUUGGGCAACACUUCAGAACGUCUCACCAGCAAGUAUUUACCUACAAGUUCCAGCAUCGUGGAGAAUACCAAUACGCCUCUACCUAGUUCCCUUCUGUUCCGGACUGGGUGAAAUACUAUGUCGCUCACGCCGAUGACGUACAGUACUUGUUUAAUAUAUCGGAAUAUAAUACGACGUUACAGCGAGACGAGGAUAUCUUUGUCAGCCGUAUUAUGGUGGCACUCUGGACCAACUUCGCUAACACUGGGCACCCAACGCCAGACUUGUCCCUCGGUUUCAAGUGGGCGCCGACGUUGUCCUCAAGCAACUCUUACUAGGCUAUCACUUCCUCGCCUUUCAUGAAAACAUUCAAAGAUUACAGGAUCCGCGAAUUUUGGAAGAACAUGCCAACCAAGACUAACCUAAGGUUGUACCCUGAGCGCUUCGAGCCGAUUCGCUAGCUGUGCAUUAGUAUUUUUUAAUAGCUUGAUCCUAGAGCUCCAUGGCCUCCCAUCGUAGCUUUGAGAAUGUUCGAUGUAAGCGUCUACGACAAAAUAUACGAUCCAGCUUGGUGAUAAACAGGUAUUUUUCUUAGAAGCUCUAGAAUCCCAAUAUAUGUCCCACCUCUAUUAAUCUUCUGCGUCAGUUUUCCUCGACAAGCUACUUUACUAUAACACCAAAAUCAAGGAACUGGACGAACAAAUGAUGACACGAAAUAACAAAGAAACAUCGUUCCGGCAACACUGAUCUAGACCAGGGGUGUUAAACUCAAAACUCUUCAAGGGCCAAUUUCCAUUUCAUCUUCCACCUUCAGGGUCAACAAAUAUGCCUAGCUCAUCAGGAUUACGUCUGUCUGACAUUGCAUACCAUGACGUAAAUCUUAUUUCAAUUGUUAGAUUUUAUAAAGUGUUGUCAAUAGUAACAAAGAUGGUUGUGCAAUAUUGUUUUAGAAUAUAAACACGAGUUUUCUAUGAAUUUCCAGCCUGAAUUACUUUCCUUUUCUGUCUCCCCGCUGGUCAUGUAUGACUAUUCCGACACCCACAUUUGACAUGCGGGCCAGGAGUUUGAUACCCCUCGGCUAGACAACAACUCUUUGGCAUCUAAGCGUAUGAUUUUUUUUCUCCUUUUCUGUGCCGUACCAGAGCCUGACAUUGGCGACCAUGUUUAAUAUCAUGGUUGUACAAGGGAGUGUACGGAGGUGGUUUCCCGUUGCCUUCCUUCGGGUGAUUGAAGAGUUCACCAUCUCUCUUACCAGUAGAUGAAUUAUGUAAUUUUGAAGGGCCAAAAUUACAUAAUUCAGUCCUAAUCGGCGACUCACAUGAUGUAUUACAUAUGAUAUAUAGAUAUAAAUUAAUAUAAGCGCUGGAGGACUAGGACUUGAAUACGAGUCUAACAAAAUGACUCUUGAUACCAUUAUCGAACAACGUCAUUAUUUGAGGACUUAGUGGUUUUGAAAUGUGAAUUUUAGGUUUACCCAGUAUUGAUAAUCGCCUCUUUCUUGGAUCAUUGUCAUUUAUAUUACGCUGUAAUCAUAAAUGUGGCAUGGUUUGUGAGGGAAGCUAUCUCAAUGCAUUAACCAGCAUUUUCAAUCUAGCUUUUAAAUCAGGUUUAUGGUCCUGUAGAACAAAUAACUUUUCAAACUAGAGCUUUUUCCACUUAAAAAUACAUCUACCUUGGUUGAUCUGCUUGUUUUUCUAUCAUUGUCACGUCAUACUUCAAAAGACUGCCUCUAGAAACCCUUUCCCUCACGAUCUGUGCAUUCGAAAUGAACCCUCACCCUAAAGGCCUGUCCAGACGAGCGGGCGUGUCCGAAGGGCAGCACGGUUGGCGGGCAAAUUCUGUUGUGUUUGCCUGUGAGUGUCAUCCACUCGUGCCCGACGAUCCCGGUAACGUGCUAACCAUGGCGCCUAGCAUUUUCAAGAAGAAAAUAUUGAGUAGCAUGAAAAUGGC